AUAGUGUACAAAAUUACAAAUACAAAACAAACGAGUUACGUGUAGCUCAAGCGAAAACCCAGCAAAUUAAACUGCCCAACGCCUUUUUCACUUUCCCCAUUCUCUCUCCACUGAAACUGCUCACUUUUUUCUGGUUAAUUUGGUACGAGGAAGGGGUAAAACGAGGUACUUGUUGUUGGGUUUUACAUAGUAUUAAUUUCCUAUAGAACUAGGAUUGGGAAGAAGUGUCACGGGAUUUGUUUGUGGGUUUUUGUUUAUCAUGUAACUUUUGUUGUUGUGACUUGUGAGAGUUUGUGAAUGGGGUUUGGUCUGAAUAGGAGGACAAAGAGAAGAGAAGAACAAGGAGAAGGAAAGAUGCGCAAGUCUUUCAAGGAUUCACUCAAAGCUCUUGAAGCUGAUAUCCAGUUUGCCAACACACUAGCUUCUGAGUAUCCAAGUGGUGGUGCCUGCUUCCAAUUGAGAUUGUCCUACAGCCCAGCUGCUCAAUUCUUCCUUUUCCUGGUUCAGUGGACUGAUUGUCACCUUGCUGGAGCUUUAGGAUUCAUCAGAAUUCUUAUAUACAAGGCAUAUGAAGAUGGGAAGACAACCAUGUCCAUUUAUGAAAGAAAAGCCAGUCUAAGGGAGUUCUAUGGCGUGGUGUUUCCCUCUUUAUUGCAACUUCACAGAGGAAUCACCGAUGUUGAUGACAGGAAACAAAAACAUCUAUGUGCUACUAAGUAUAAGCUUAAAGAUUUGACAAGCAAAGGAAACCUUUCUGAAAUUGACAUGGAGAGGGAAUUAGAGUGUGGUAUUUGCUUGGAGAUAAAUAGCAAGGUUGUAUUGCCCAACUGCAAUCAUUCAAUGUGUAUGAAAUGCUAUGAAGACUGGCAUGCAAGAUCUCAGUCUUGUCCUUUCUGUCGAGACAGUCUCAAAAGAGUGAACACUGAUGAUCUUUGGAUCUACAUUAGCAGCAGUGAGAUUAAUGACUUGGCUUCAAUCAACAAGGAGAAUUUCAAAAGAUUAUUUAUGUACAUAGAAAGUUUGCCUCUCACAGCCAGACCCUAUAUGCACCAUGCCAUAUAUCAUCACCACUAGUGAUUGCCAAUUAGUAGAAGCUCAUUCAAACUUAUAACAUUAAUUAUUUUAUUUUUAUGAUUCUCAGUUUCUGCAGGAAUUUAUCCAUUUGUAAAUACAAGUUACCUUUUCAUCACAGUCCAUAUUAUAUUCUCAUUUCAUUGGAAUUAA